CGAAACCUAUGAUCGAAACGUUCGUAAGUUCGCGUCUCUGUCUCUUGUGCGCGUCGUUUGAAUUUCAAGCGCGAGCAUCGCUUCUUAAUGCUUUUCAACGACGAUGAGUUCGACGCUUCCUCGCACAACUUCGGCAACACGGAGUAUGCAGAAGACACUGCUGCGUCAACAUCUGAUGUGAGAGUCCUGCGAAUGAACAUCUCAGAUCCAGCAUCUGCUGAAGAAUGGAUGCAACAGUACAAGGCGGCGACCAACACAUCAUGGAUUGUGAAAUACAACCAAACAAACUGCACAAAGAUGGUCUACCACAAGGUCUGGUAUUGCCAGCAUAGCAAGCGCAACAAGACUGCAGCAGGCCGCAAUACUGACUGCCAGGCAAGGGUGGACAUUAAAAUUAAAAAAGUGAACAAAGGCACAAAAAGAAAUGAUGAAUUCUUGCGCAAGGCGGUACCGCUGCCUGCUGUGGUCAAGUUGAAUGAAAAACACAACCACAGCACAGAGUCCGCCGAUGCCCUCCGUUUGCUACGGGCAAGCCCUGAAACAAGAAGUGCCUUUUCUGGGUACUUUGAGGAGGGCAUGACUCCAGCAGAGGCAAUUCAGCAUCAUGAACAGCUUCUGUCCAUCAAGCCUGAUGGCCCAUUUCUUCUUGCUAAUGGAAGCAUAAACCCGAACAGGAAGAGUGUUUACUCCUGGCAUCAAGAGUGGAGAAAGGCCAAAUACGGACCAGCAGGGAAUCCUGUGGCAAAGCUGCUGGAGAAAGUGGACGAAUACACAGCUGGGGGAGCAGAUGUCAGCGCUUGCGAAACAUCAGAUGGUGACUGGGCAGCACUGGUCAUAACACCCAUCAUGCGCCGUGCCCAGACCCUGGAAUCUGCACAGAACAUCAUUUUUGUAGAUUCCACAUCAUUGUGCGAUGGAGAUGGGAACACGGUUACAAUACUGCUGACAGCAACCAAAGCAGGCGCAGUUCCUGUAGCUGUGCUUAUUCACCGCGGCCAAAGUAGAGAAGACUAUAGGCUUGCCUUCGAACUUCUCAAGCAGAAGUAUCCAAAAUGCUUUGGCAACAACGAGGCACCUGGUGCAUUCAUGUCGGACAACGACAGAGCAGAAAAGGAUGCCCUGCGUGACGUGUGGCCCUCUGCCAGGCAGCUGCUGUGCCAUUUUCGCGUGUUGCAAGCAGAGUGGCGCUGGCUCAAGUCAGCACAGAACAACAUAGGGAAAGAGGAAAGACGUCAGCUGAUGGCAGCCUUCCAGAAGAUCCUCUAUGCAAAGGACGAGCACGAGCUAGAGACAGCCAUUGCAGAGCUUCAAUCCAUACCUCAUAUGCCCUAUGUUCAGAGAGUGAACAUGUUUCUUUCGCGCCAGUGUGAGUGGGUGCUCCUGUAUCGUGCUGGUGUGCUUGCAAGAGGACAAAACAUUAAUAACUAUUCAGAGGCUUCUGUCCGUAUCCUUAAAGACGUCAUCCUAAACAGAACCAAAGCCUACAAUGCAGUAGCCUUAAUUGAAUUUGUAAUAACUAAUUGGGAGGAAUAUUUUGAAACACGGCUGCUGCACCACGCACACAAUCGCGAACCUUCCCACCAGAUUGGCUAUGAGCACCUUCUGCAAAAGAUGCCGGAAUUCCCCCCAAAAUCAAUUGUAGUAGAACAAAAUUGCUACUACGUUCCCAACUCUUCUGGAACUGGGACAUACAAGGUAUUGGCGGACAUUGGGCUAUGCAGCUGCACGACAGGGAGGCAGGGCGCUUUCUGUAAGCACCAGGCAGCUGUGCAACAAGCCUUCGGUGGUGCUUUCCCAAACAGCCCGGAGCUGACUGCUGCAGACUGCAUAGAGCUCGGCCAGCUUGCCCUUGGAGAGCAUUGUACGGCAGCAGGCUUUUUCAUGCCUUUGACUGCACAUGACGCAGCCGUGGCACCCUCAUCUGAACACGAAGCAGAGCCAUCCACUUCGUACAACGAAGGAGGGCAGGAGGAGCGGACCAGCUCCACAGAGCCAGAGACACAAGACUUGGGCCAAAUACAUCUGGACCACAAAGAGGUGUGUGCUGCAUUUAACGAGGCAUACCAGCACGCCCAUGGACUUGGUGAAAGCAUUCCUGAAUAUGCCGCUGUGGUCAAGUCCAUAACAGAAGACUUGUUGAAGUUGAACACCAGCAGCGCUGUGUUUGAAUACAUGUUGAGGCAGAAGGCCAUAGGAAGGGCUAUGAGGCACGGCAAAAAAAUUCAGGUACAGCCAACAAGCCUGGCAAGGCGCCGACCCGGCCGACCGAGAACAGCUGGAAAAAUCAGGAAGACAAAACAUGGGCAUGUGCUCAGCCAAAGUGUGCGGGAUGACGUGCCUGGGGCCAAGUGCCAUUAAGAACUGAAACUAACACAAAUCCCAAAUACUGGGUGCCCAAGGCAUUCGAGAACACUAUUCCAUAUCGCCAUAGACACCACCAGGCUCAUCAUAUCUAUCUAGGCGUGCGGCUUCUUGUUGGUUGACCCCUUAUCAUUCAUACUGCACACUUUGUUCUAAGAUGGAAGCGUACAGAUUGAAGCAGGAAAUGAAAUGCCAUACAGUCCUCGUCGCCUUUGCCGCACAUCACAGCGACUUGAAAAUUGCCACCUUUCUGAGCGUAGCGAAGUCGUUCGUUUACAAGGUGUGGACAGAACUGAUCUGUUCUGCUGGUGACGUGGCAUCUGUGGCGAAAAUCAAAAAAGCACAGUCUGCGGUCAGACACUGUCAGAAUCCCCGAUUUUCUCCGGCAGCUGCAAGUCAUCAUGAGUGACGACCCAGGGAAGUCAAUGCGGGCCAUGCUGCACCGCAUAGUAUGUGGCGUUCGGCACGAAGACGUAAGACAGCUAUUGUUAACCCACAGUUCCCUGUCGUUGAAGGAAGCAGAAGACUUUGCAAUUUCUGCUGAGGGCACUACAGAAAACGCGCAGCACAUGCAAAAACUACCCUCCCAGGAGGCAGACAACUAAUUUUGUCCUGUCAGCGCAGUCACGUCCAAAGGCAGGCUGUCUCGCGAUGAGCACUGGCCUUGCACCUGAUGUGGUGUAUCCUCACACCAAGCAGAUGAUUGCCGUCAUCUCAGAACAGUGUGCCAUCGGUGCCGGAAACGCGGCCACUUAGCACGAGUGUGUAGAGUGUCGGAUGAAGGCACUAAGGGGAGGUGACAAGCGUACGCACUUUCUCAAAGCCCACGAGAUAGUUCUGAGGAUUGGAAAUCUUUGCACAUGCUGAUAGUGUAUCAAGCGACAAACAGUGCUCACAUUAAGCCUAUUCUUCGCCAGGUAAAUUGGAACGGAUUGCCGCUCGCAAUGUUGGUAGACACAGGGUCACCUGUGAGUGUGGUUACGCGGGCAGUGUUCAAGCAACAUCGAGGCAAGUGGCCACGUCUGCAGGCAACAAUAAUGAAGCUGUCGUGUUUCGAGGGCCCACUUCCUAUCGCUGGGAAAUUGUAACUCAAUGCGACCAUGGUUGGCGCGCCAAUUCAGGCCAAACUGGUUGUCGUUGAUUGUCCAGGACCGGCGCUUUGCGGCCUGACAAUAUCUGAAGCUUCAAUACGGCAGCUGUGCCGGCACUCACUGCAAAUGCUGUGGCAUGCGUACAAGCUGGCACUGCUGACAGAAGGUGGGAAACCUUGUUAUCGAAGUACGAUGACAUCUUCACUCCAGAUCUGUGUUUGUCCCAAAAGCCACCGGUCCUCCUGACUAUCAGAGAAGAUGCCACGCCCCGGUUUGAUAAAGCUCGGACAGUGCCAUACACGCUCAAACAAAUUGUGUCAGAAGAGAUAGAUAGGCUUGUCAACGAAGGGGUGUUAUCACUGGUGACAUCUUCUGAAUGGGCCACACCUGUAGUGCCCGUAGUCAAGAAGGAUGGGCAGCUGCGGUUGUGCAGUGACUUCCAUCUUACGGUGAAUGCUGAAACCCUUAAGGUGCAAUAUCCGCUGCCACGCAUUGACCAUAUCGUUGCGAAUCUCAAUGGCCGAGAAGUUUUCAGCACAUUGGAUUUGCGGAACACCUAUAAUCAGCUACCCCUGGACGAAGACUCGAAGAAGCUAGCCUUUUUGAACACUCACAAGGGUCUUCACUGUUUCAAUAGGCCGGCCUUUGGGGUGUCUUCACUGUCGGCAAUCUUCCGGCGAUGCAUUGAAGCCAUGCUCAGCGGGAUUCCCAGAGUGCAGGUGACUUCAUGACAUUAUUGUAGCCAAAAAGGCACAUGACUACAAGAUCCAAGAGCAAGUGCUACAUCGUGCGAGGGGAACACGGCCUGCGUCUUAACUGUGAGAAAUGCAAGUUCUGGGCAAGAGCAAGUUACGUUUCUCGGGCACUGCAUUGAUAGCAAUGGCCUACACCAUAAAAGCGAUAACAUCACAGCGUUGCUCGACCUUCCACGACCCACCUCGGUUGGAGAACUAAAAGUAUUUUUUGGCCUUUUAAAUUACUACAGCAAGUUCUUAUCACAUGCAUCAACUUUACUAGCGCCCUUACACGCAUUGUUGGCAAAGAGUGUGAAGCGGUUCUGAGGCAAACAGCAGCAAACUGCUUUCGAAGCAGCCAAGAAGGCAGUGAAGAAUGCCAAACUUCUGUUGCAUUUUGACCCAAACAAGCCCCUUCAUUUAGAAUGUGACGCAUAAGCAGUAGGUUUGGGAGCAAUGUUGUCACGAGACUACCCAUAGGAUUCAGGUUGCGAACCCUAACGAAAGUCGAGAAGAACUAUUCCCAGCUAGAGAAGGACGCCCUUGCUCUCGUAUUCGGUGUCACCAUGUUUAGAGACUACCUGUAUGGGAACCACUUCGAGCUGGUAACCGACCACAAACUGGUAAUGGGACUGUUCAGCCCGUACAAGGAGAUUCCACCAAUAGCCGCUGGCUCCAUUCAACAUUGGGCCCUGCUGUAGGGAGGAUAUCAGUACAGCCUGGCCUAUCGUAAGGAAUCCGAAAACGUAAACGCCAAUGCCUUCAGCCGACUGCCUAUUCCUCUGGGACAUCCCAAUAAAUAACAGGAAGACACACCCGAGUUUGUAUUAUACGUUGAGAAUGUGAAUGUGGCACCCAUCAGUGCCAAAGAGUUGGCGGCUCUAACCAUCCAUGACCCUAUGUUACAGCAGGUGCGUAAAUGGAUCCUGCAGGGCUGGCCAACCUACCUAGCAGAGACAGAGGGGCGGUUCCGGCCGUUCUUUCAGAAAAAAGUGUGAGUUGGCUGUAAGUCAUGACCUCAUUUACUGGGGACAUAGAAUAGCCAUGCCGUGGUGUCAGCGGCUGUUGGAGUUCUUCUGAGGCUCCUUCAUGAAACACAUCCAGGAAUGGCUGCAAUGAAAAAUCUUGCGCAAACCAUUUUUCGGUAUCCAGGGCUGGAUGCCGACAUCGAGAGGACGGUAUGCGAAUGUGAGACGUGCACAAUCUAGUGUGAUGCCUCCUGCGCACAUACUGGUGCCGUGGCCAGAAACAGGCCGGAAAUGGUAUCGGGUGCACAUUGACUACGCAGGCCCCGUCAAGGGACACAUGUUGCUAGUGGUCGUGGAUGCCGAGACCAAAUGGCUAGAGGCCAUAUCGAUGCAGAGUACGACGUCGGAAUCCACCAUGGAAGCUAAAGGGCAAUAUUUGCCAUGUUUGACCAAUAUUUGCCUGUUCGAUACACUGGUUUCAGAUAAUUGGCCUCAAUUUGUCUCAGCAGAGUUUAAGAAGUUCAUAAAAAUGAAAGGGAUCAACCAUGUGACAACGGCAACAUACCACCCGCAGUCGAAUGGCCUGGCAGAAUGUGCAGUCCGCACGAUCAAGGAAGGCCUUCGAAAAGCUCAAGGGGACAGCCACUUUAACUGCCUCUAUCGGUUUUUUAUUCCGUUACCGACGGACACCUAUCAAGGCUGGGAAGUCUCUGUGAUAAUAUAUGGUAGGCGGGAGUGGGAAACAUAAACAUAUGAAGACAGUGCACCGUGCGGUGGCGAAGAGGACACCGACUCUUGCCCAAUACCCGUGGGUGGUUAUUUACUUUAUCGACGGCAGAGUUUCCUCGCUGGGCGUCCGGCACAUAGGAGCUAUUGCCGCCUUCGUCACUAAGCCUGCACCCGAAUCAACGCUGUCACCAGCUGAGAGGCCACCUCGUCGGGUUCUUCCGCUGGGUAACUGCUCCAGGAGGGCUGGCGGUCCUGAGCCUGGCUGAACGAGCGUUCGGGUGAGCAGCCACAGGGCUACUUCGCCAGCUGUGGAAGUGACCGGUGGGCUGCAGUGUGCUCUCGGGCACAAACUCCGCCAUCGGGAAACCGGGCACUGCGGAGGCUCCGGUUCAUCCACUGUGGCGCAGGGCCACCUGAGUUUCACAAGGCUGUCCAACCCUGCUGUUCGAAACCGGUUCCACGAUGUCUCUGACACGGCGACACCUGCUUCCGCAAGAACUGUAGGCAGAUUACGUUUGACUAAUCCAUAUACAGUGUAGACCGCUUAUAACGUAAGUCGCCAGAGUCGUGAAUACCCGCACUAUAAGCGGUACCGCACUAUAACCAAAGCAACAAUUUUCAAGGCCCGCACAUAUGCAAAACAUGUGCACCGAGCCGCCACGCGUAUGCAACAGUCGAGGAAUGCGGCUACAACGUUUGCAUUGAAUUUACAGUCAAAUCUCGUUAAUUUGAAAUAAUUCACGUGGCGACGCCUCUGAUUGGCAUUGCUCCGGCACCGCCAUAGGAGAGACCCCUCAAUGUCGCUCGCGAACAGAAAAAAAAAGAAAAAAGAACGUGGCGGAAAUGUCACUCUCUCUCGGAUGGCAAGGUCGCCGAUUCUGCGUUGCGCCGGAACAUGCGUGUACGUGCCGACGUCUCAGCCACGCUACCGUAGCCACGCGUAGAAAAUGCCAGUGAACCCUUCUUUCUCCUUUAUGCUUCCUCUACUUUCUAGUCACGUGUUGACCUUGCACGCUGCGACUACGGCGCAGAGGGAAGCAGCGGCGCUGUCCCAGGCCGGCCAACGAAACUGCCUACGCCGGCAAAUGCCCGCUUCCUGAUAACGGCAGAAAACGAAACUUCGGGGAGAUGGCGCCGGGCCGGCUGGAGCGGCAGCGCCUGCACAGCAGCGGGCGCGCACGGUGACAGUCGAAAGUGAGGGAGUUGCGAGGGAGGGCGAGGGGAGCCACCGAAGCGGCGGAGUUGCCGAUCCUUCCCUGUCGCCCUCCUCCCUCACAUUCCAUGGUCUCCGCGUAUGCCCUUCACUGUGCCGUGCCGGCGCCCCCCACUCCCUGAAGUUUCGUUUACUGCCGUUAUCGUGAAGUGAGCGUUGGCAUUUUCGUGGCCCUCGCUCGCUAUGUGCGCCGUGAUAUUUCACGACUCGCACUCAAGAUUCUGGUUUCAGCCUCACUGGCUGUUCGUUCGCACCACGUGCCCUUCUCCUCCACUUCGUCUCUUCCUCGAGCACUCCUUGGGGUGCCUGUUUGAGGAGAGCGUUCGCUAUCUCCACUGACUUCCAUACUCCCAGGCCGCCGCACUGUAACCGGUAUUUUGUUUCCCGCAACUGCACUAUAAGCGAUAUGUGUAUACAUGGAGUGCUAUGGGAAAGUUAACGGGAGUCUGAAAAGACCGCACUAUAUCCGGUCCUGCACUAUAAGAGGUUACGUUAUAAGUGGUCUAUACUGUAUAUAGCUGCCUGUCCUCUAGCAUGUAUUUUGGGGAACUGUCGUGUGUGUGCCAUUUCAAUGUGUUAAGUACGUCCAAUACAAGUGUGAUGUGUGUUUGUGGUUCUGCGUGCUGCUUUUCUCUCUUUCUGGAGUGAUCCUGUACCUGAUAACAUCACAGUCUCCAUCCAAACUGCUGUUGGGUUACUAGCUACGGACCAGGCUGGACUGUUGCCUUCCGAGUGCAGGCGGUGUGGCUCAGAAGUUUCCACCACUGGCCGAGAUGGUUGCCUGGAGUUGUCACAUGCACCCAAGGGAAUGGCGACUGUGUCCUCGCCGAACGGCAUACAACUAUAAUGUUCCCUACAUUUCGAGUACACGAGAAUACUAGCGACCACUGGGGCUUCUUAACAUCUAUAAGUUAAUAACACUUUGACAGGCAAUAGAGGCUCAUUGCUUGAUCCACAGCAAACCUAACCUUAGCUUUUGUUCAGUUGCAUGGCCUGAUGCUGUUUAUGAACUCCGAUAUGUCUCUCGCAGAACUCCUGAAGUUAGAACUAACUAUGGGCUUCAGACUUUUGAACACACCAUUAUAACCGUUUUGAAUGACAACAAAGAUAUUGAAACGCUAAUACACGAGUUCCCAAGUAAAAUACUUUACAAAAAAAGAGUUAUGGAUCUAUUACUUACGGCAUAAUACACAACUUCGACCUACUGUAGUCUUAACGUGGCAGAUUACUUACAACAUUGCUAGAUAAUGGUGGUUUACUUAUUUAUUAUUUUUGUCUGCUCUCUUGUUUCUUUUCACAGCUGUAAUUUCAAAAAUUGUUAUGUCGAAACAUUUAUAUACUGUACAGAAUUGUGGAUGUUCCUUUUUGUGCGAUUUUAAUGUUACCGUAGACGAAAGCUUGUUGUCGUCUCAAAUGCACUGUUUGUCUCCACCAGCAGGGUAGGCCUCGUCACGCGCACACAGCCUUUAGCCCCCCUCCUGAUGUGGCGAUGUUUGGAUGCUGUAUAUGAAAUUGAAAAAGAGAAUAAACUUGAAACUCCUCCUCCGAACGUCGUCAUGCGGACCAACUGCGACUGCGCACCCCCAAAGACUCUGACACGAAGCAGCCAGCUUGCACCAUAGUACCCACCACCACUGACCAAACCUUGCCCAAGCCAGCCAGCACGGCGAACCCCGCUCUGGCAGGAUUGCCACCCGCUCCCCCCUUGAGCCACAGCCGCUUCGCCGGUCCAUCAGGCAACGACAGCCACCUCAAAGGCUCAACUGGUAAAAGGGGGAGAUGUGCUGCAAUUAUGCAAGCGUGUCAUCAGCCGACAACAUGAAGUAUAUCUCGUGACGCCAACUCGAGCAACAGCAUACUGCUAUGGCUGUGCCGUCACCGCAGUAGCAUAUAAAAACGAUGCACGCAAAAUAGAACUGCCUUUUUUCCGCUUCUGUUACCGAGAUGUUCACUCGAAACACAACAGUAACAAUGGCCAGUGCUAUGGCUAUAUUGAGCUGUAAAGCUAGCAUUUGUUCAUCAGGCAGGGCUUCUUGAUUGGUGGCAUUAAGGCACAGCUGAAAGCAUUGUUUAAAUAGCGUCCUGUCGGCUUGCAAGUUGCCGGCCUUGCACAAAAGUUGUGCUGCUUCAAACAUUAAUGCCACAUGGUGGCCUUCGGUUGCUCACACCUCAGUGAAUUGUGCUUGGCAGUGCUACACUGAUGCUCUUCGUAAAUUUUCUUACUGUGGUCACAGGAUCAUUUCUGGUUCUUUUUGUGUCAUUCUCAACCCACUGUGAAUAGAGUGCAAACAGAAGAUAAAGAAACAGUUGCUGGUAAUCAGAACCAUUUUUUUUUUAAUUCUGGGGUUUUACGUGCCAAAAGCACAAUUUGAUUGAGGCACGACAUUUUUUUUAUAACAUUAGUCCUGUGUUGGAGACUGGAUAAGCAGCCAACGCCAAAACAUGCUGUGACACAACAGGAAUGCAUAAGUAAUAGAGGUUGAGGGUGCACUGCAUGAAAAAGCUAACCAUGAAAGAGAUACAAGAUCAGCUGUUCAAAAAUGGUAUCUUCAUUUUGUACCAUAUCGUUUUGGUAUUGUACAGCCCUUUGUUUUCCAUGCCUCCUAUCAUUUGUGACUUCAUUUUUCACCUUUUGUUCUUUGUCGAUGCUGUCUGUUACGUUUUUGCUGGGCAAAUGUGCAAGUUUUUUUGAAACGGCUGUUGACACAUUUAGAGAAUAAAUUGUUGUCACUGGUAGC